AGUAUUGGCGUAAGCACGAAAAAACAAAAUAAUGGCGAAUAUUAUCAUUCUGCUUUUGAAGAAGAGAAUAAUGAAGAGGAAGAAGAAGAAGAAAAGAAAGAAGAUAUGAACUUAAAAAACAAAACUGGGUUUGAAGUUCCAGAAAUGCCGUCUACUAAAAGAAGGGCAAUCUCAGCCAAGGAAGUAUGGAAAAUUGUCAACGAAAGAAAUCGUCAAGACGAUUGGUUUGACACAACUGGAAAAAGCGAUGACAAUGAGUCCAACACACCAGAGUCAGAUCUAGAAGAAAACGUUCAUGCCAUUGUCCAUACCCUCUCAAAGAAAGAGAAAAGAAAAAAGAAAGAAUCAGAUGAGAUCAUGGAAUUGAAGAAAAGUAUGGAGGUCAUGAGGAAGCGCUUAGAAAAAGCAGAAAAAGCAGCCGAGAGAGAAUAUACGUACGUAGAAGGUGAUAAUGAAAAUGAUGAUGACGAUGUUGAUAUGUCUGUACAGAAAAGUGAAAAUACAAGUGAAGAGAUAAGGAAAACACAUAAGAUCUUAAGCCAUGGAAAGAUUCUUGCUAACAAGAGAAAAGCUGAAAGAAAAAGGAAAAAGAUGUUAGCCUGUGUGAACAAGUAUGUCGGGCCUCCCGGUACUAUAAAAGAGCGCAAAACUGGCGUUAUUGACUACAGAAAAGUAUAUGACAUUAAAUGCCCGGUUUGUUCAGUUGUAUCUAGCAGACUCUACCAGCAUUUAAUGCUUCAACACAAAUUUUCGGAUAGGGAAGCAAAACUAAAAGAGUCAGAAGUCAGGGUGAUGUUUCUUUGGUCAAAAAAGGAAAAGCAUGGUAUCCCAAAACCGUUGCCUUGCGCAAUCUGUGGAGUUUGGCACCUGCGUCUUCGUACCCACCUGAAAAGGAAACACAAAUUGGAAGGAUCAAAAAUCACAGAAAUUUUAGAAACUGCGCGAAAAGAAAAUUGGGCUAACGAAGGAUGUUUGGAAAAUAAAGCCAAGCUAGUCAAGACAGCCAAUCAAAAGGCGAAAAAACGUACGAAAUGUAAUAGAGAAGAAUUGAUUAAUACUGGGAGAACGAUCAAGUAUCUGCCAGAUAAUGCGAAGGAAGUAAAUGCAUCUAACAAAGCAGAUUGGGAUAUUGAAGGAGAUAACUUUCUCAUGUAUUAUGAAACCGGAAAGGAGUUGCUAGAAGCUUUUAAAAGUGAAGUGGAAAAGAAGAAAGGAGCUGUUAAGGCAAAGAGGUACAGACAGCAUGUGGAGUACAUAUGGACUAUUAUCGAUCCCAACAUGGCAGUGAUACCAGCCAGUGCAUUUGCAAAUUGCUUGCUUGUUGAAGAUAAAUACCACGAUCCAACUUACCGCUUGAUUGGUAAAGGAGGAAAUGAGGCUUCCACUCUAAGGGUUAGAUAUGUCGCUUUGAGAGCAUUUAUUAGAUUUUUACGUCGUCGCCAUGUCUAUGGAGGCAUUACCCGUGAUCAAAUGACAGCUUUGUCGGAAUAUAUCGAUGAAUGGAACGCUGAUUUUACUGAAUCCAUUGCCCAGCGUAAAACUGACAUAGACGAAUUAAGAUUAAACGCUUAAUGACUCCUACCCAUAUGAUUAAAUAUGGCCGAUCAAAUUUUGUGCAGGGUCUUGUGAAAAGUAUUGAAAGGGUCGCUAAGUCUGAGAAACCUACAAAACGGUUUUGUCAGCAGGUUAGAGACUAUCUGAUUACUAACUUGUGCAUAAUGAAU